AGUUUAAUGUCAAAGUCAAUAGAAUACUAGAAUAUAAUGGUGUGUGAAAUGUGAAGUGUGGACAAGGUUAUACAAAAUUGUGAUGCAAUGUUAGGGAAAUUUUUAAAAAUUAUAUAAUAAAGUACCUUGGAAGUUAUUUAUAAUAAUUUGAUUUAAGAGUGAUUUCAAACCUCACAAUGAAUCCAGAAAAAGUUUUUGACUAUAGUGAUGAAUCUCAAGCUGAGCGUUUUGCAAGAAAAUCAAAGGAUUCGCCCUUUAUGAUAAUAGGUAUCAUAGGGUUGAUAGGUGUAUGUAGCUAUGGAGCCUACCAAUUCAAACACCGAGGUAAAAUGAGCACAAGUGUAUUUCUAAUGCAGCUCAGAGUUGCAGCCCAGGGAACUGUUGUAGCCGCACUUACAGUUGGCAUUGGAUAUUCAAUGGCCCAAAGAUAUUUACUUAAAGAUGAAAAAAAGCAAUAACUUUUAGCAAAAUUCUCACAUAGAAAAUGUAGUUGCUUUCAUUGGUGAAUGUUCCAGUAUUGUUGCAGGGAAUUUUAAAAUCUCUAUUUAAUCUCAAUUCUUUAUGUCAGACACAAAAUGUUAUUUGGCUAUUGUUUAACUUAUGUUUAAGUUAAUUUAUUAAGUAGGAACUAAUUUUGUUUUGUGAUGUUAGUAUGUAAACAGUGAUCAUUAUUGAAUGUAUAUAAUCCAUGAAAUAAAAAAAAUUCUUAAAUGGUUUGUUAAGCUACUGUAACUAAGUAAGAAAAUAUUUAUUAAAUGUUUUCCAUCUAUAUUUAAUUUUAUUGAGGUAUAUCAAAUAUCCAUAUGUAUAUGGAAACUGAAAAAAACUUUAUUUCUUUAAUGUAAAGUCCAAAAACUAGCAACUUAGUUACAUUCAGAAUGGAUCAAGCUGAAUAAUAUUAAUAAUUAGAUAAUCUCACAUCUUUUUUCUUUCAGUAUCAAAUGAAACUAAAACAAUAAUAUAGCAGAUGUAACAUAAAAAAACAAUAGUUAUUUUUGAGUUUAAUUUAUAAUUAUAUACCAAGUUUGAGCUAACCACUGUUGUAAAUUACACCAUCUUAAUAACACAAUUACUUCAUUGUGCUAUUGGAUUGAUAUGACAUGCAAAACAAAACAAAAGAAUUCAUUUUCUGCAAGUUUUCAGCAGCUAAAGAGUAAAAUUCUGUUUUUAUUUAAUUUUUAUUUUCUAAAUUGUAUUCCGGUAAGUUUCGAUGUAUUUAAUACAAGUAAAAUUUGAUGACAUCAAA